GCCAAUUGACCUCGGAAAUCCCCCAUACGCACCGCCUCCGACCGACGAAUUGUCCAACGACGAAUCCGAUCGUUUUUGUCUCUGAUCUCUCGCCAUGAGACCUACACAAGCCCUGUCGGUCGGCCGAUACCGCCACCUCAGACUCACAACCAAGGAUGUUGGAAAAGGCUUCUACAAGGGUAACCGCACUGGUUCCAUGGGUCGACACACAAAGUAUGGAGGCUAUGUUAUCGAGUGGAACAAGGUCCGAACAUAUGCUGUGCCACCGCUGAAGGAUUUCAAGCUUACACCUUUCGUGAGCCGACAAGUCAAGGCGGAGCCUGGUGACUAUAAGGGUCUCGAUAAGGGUCCUCAAGAUCCUUAUUUCUACGUUGAGCAAUGGAAACGAUUUAACGGUGUGGAUUAAACAAGCGAAAAAUGACGGUCAUAGAAUUGGAUGAUUUCGACAGAAGGCGAAUCUAGAAUGCCAGCUGGAGACUUGGGAAUCUCUAGCAAGGCUGUAUAUACCCGUGUACAUUGUACCACCAUGUAUGAUUAUGGACUCAUUCGGUCAAUAACGAACAAAAAAGACUUGAACAAUCCUAUUCUUUGUGGAAUGAUG